AUGCAAACUUCUCAAAUCAUCACUGCUAGUGCGGUCACUGCCGUUGCUUUAACUUUAGCCUACGCUUUGUAUUUCGACCACCGCCGCCGCCACGAUGCUGACUUCCGAAAAUCCCUUGCCCGUGAACGUCGCAAGCAUGCCCGCGCCCAGAAAGCAGAAGUAGAAGCCGAGGUCGAGAAUCAGAAGUCACAGCUCCGUGCCGCUGUUAUGGCAGCAAAUGAAGAAGGAUAUCCUGAAGGUGUGGAGGAGAGAGAAGCUUACUUUAUGAAUGAGGUUGCUAUGGGAGAAUCAUUGUUGUCUCUGGGUGAAACCAAGGCGGUGGAUGCCGCACUGUGCUUUUAUAAGGCUUUGAAGGUCUACCCGGAUCCUCCAAACCUGAUUGGAAUUUAUGAGAAGACUGUACCCAAGCAUGUUCUUGAUAUCCUAGGACAGGCGAUAGCUCUUGGUGAUUCUAGCAUCCUCAGCAGCGAGCCGAUAGAAUAA